AUGACAGGGCUACCACUCCGAAUGUCUGGGUCUCUUACCCGGGCCGACCAGAGAGCCUCUUACUCAUCUCUGCGGGGCAAAACCGUCGCCAUAUCCGGCGCGGCUUCGGGAAUCGGCCUCGCAACAGCCAAGCAUCUGUACUCCAUGGGAGCCCGGCUGUCGGUCACAGACAUCCGCAGCGAGGCGCUCGAUGCCGCAGUGGAGAUAAUACGAAGAUGUCCCCCACCCUCAACCGAGCAGGAGCAAGGAAGCACCAGCAGCACCAGCGGAGAGGACGAACCCGGCAUCCUCGCCACCGUCACCGACGUCAGGUCCAGCCAGCAGGUAGACAGGUGGAUCGAUGCGACGGUGGCGCGGUUCGGCGCGCUGGACGGCGCCGCCAAUCUGGCGGGGAUCGUCGGGAAACACAUCGGCGCGCACGACGUGACUCAGCUGUCCGACGAAGAGUGGGGCCUCGUGACCGACGUCAACCUCACGGGGGUCUUCUACGCGGUGCGGGCGCAGCUGCGGGCCAUGAGGCGCCUGGGCGGGGGCGGCAGCAUCGUCAACGCGGCGAGCACGGCCGGGCUCGAGGGGAACGCGAAGAACGCCAACUACACGGCUGCCAAACACGGCGUCGUCGGGCUAUCAAGGAGCGCGGCUAAGGAGGUGGGGAGGGAGGGUAUUAGGGUCAAUGCGAUAGCCCCCGGCGUCAUCGAUACGCCUAUGGUGCAGACUCUUCCGGUAGCAAUGGAAUCCGGCACGGCGGCGCUGAUUAAAUACCACCAGGCACUUGGGAGGAAAGGAACUGCAGAGGAGAUUGCCAAGACGGUGGCAUUUUUGUUGAGUGACGAGUCUUCGUUCAUGACAGGAUCUAUUGUCACGGUAGAUGGUGGACAGGUAUGUUGA